AGCGCCGAACGGAUUGAACCAUCUUUUUGGGCGAAGAUUUCGGAUCGAUUUCUAGGUUUCUAGCAUCUCUUGUGUAGUGACUAGUUUUUAUCUUGUAUUUCACGACAAAACUGAUAACAGACAGCAACGACUUUUUUUUUUAUCGUUCUGUGGUAUAUUGUUUUUUUCUUGUAAAUUUAAAGAAGGAAAAUUCUUACUUACGUGGUAUACGCUACAACAUGAUGAUGUCAAGUACGAGUUGUAGGAAUUCAAGGAAGCAGGCCACGUGCACGAAUAGAGUUGUUUAUAAAAUUGAAACUUACGAGCGAAAAGGUAGUAUAAAAAGCCCGAAGUGAGUGAGUACACCAGUAGAUAAUUAACACAGACACGGUUUUGCCAACCAAGAAUGUGCUGUUACGUUGCUGCUUCACAACGUACUUCUUGUUUGAAAAAACAUUUAUGAGGCUAGUCACACACAUUAUUAUUAUUACGGUUGUAUACGAUGUCAACGCAAAUAAGUAUGCAGGACAGGAAGGAGUUAGAGAAAUUUACCAAAUAUUUGGCUCUCAGAGCUGCCCAGGUCAUAAUACAAGCGAGAUCAGGUCAGAAAGUUAACACCGCCUGUAAACCAGAUUCCUCGGCUGGAGAUUGGUUUAAUCUAGCAAUAAAAGAGUUACCAGAAGUGACAGCUGAUGCUAAGAGAGCACUGUGCGGAGAGAUAGUCAGUUCUUCUGUACCUCUUUGUGUGGAAAUCUCUCUGAAAACAGUGGAAGGUGACAAAAUGGUUUUGGAAACUUGGAGCUUGGGUGUUCUGCCGGAACAGAGUGAUCCAACCGUGCGAGUAACAUAUACUGUAUACAACAGAAUGGCAAUUUUACUAAAGUCUCUACUGUCUGUAUUGAGAGUUACACCAGCUUAUAAAUUAAGCAGACGUCAAGGAUCCGACUCUUACACCAUGUGCUAUCGAAUAUAUAUGGGGGAACCUCAGCUACACAACUUAGGUGAUAACUACAAGCAAGUGAGAGUGGGUCAGUUGUGCACUCCGGUGGGUACCAUACAUUUAUCGGUCUCUUACAGGACAAAAAUGACUAUAUCACCUACCCACAAGGGACGAGAUUCUAUCAUGCUCAAGAGUGAUCAUUUUCAUUCGGAUCUGAGUCCACAUCACGCGCGUUAUCAGCAGAGCGACGAAACAUCAAAGUCCCUUAGCGAUACCAUCAAAGUUGGUGCAUUUGUGAUAAACAAGCCUGUCAUUGUUAACGAAGAGGAUCUUGUGAUACCAGACGUGCCGUUUAGUUCUCUGUUAACACCUAAACAAACAUCUCCUCCUCCGGUGUCAUUAGUGGAUCCUACGAAGACUGCAGCAGCCACUGCAGUCGACAACAACAACGGAAAUAACGAAAGACUCAGUAAUGAUACGUCAAUUUCGAAAUGCGCAUCACAGAACGGAUCUAGAAGAAGUAGUUGUUCAAUGACUAGUGCCAACGAUGAUUUUAUUAUGGUAGAUUUGAAAACCCCUUUCGCUAUUACGAAUACCAAUAGUGACGUAGGAGCAUUUUAUCGCGAGUGUCAAAGUGCUCCGCAAUUGCAAGCCUUCAUGGAAGAAAGAACGCUCGAGGAACAACUGGGAGACAUUGCGAAACAAUUGGAAACGUUUGAAACUAAUAUGCAACAUUACGACGAUUUUUUAACGUCAUUAUGUCAAACCGAAAAUAAUAAUUAAGCAACUCGAAUCUGGUGCUGACUUAUGCAUAUCUAUCGUAUUUAGGUAUAUAACUUUCAUCGUGUUAGAAGAAAAUGACACAAGUGUACAAUUCUUGCAUCGCGUAUAGCUUUUGUUUUUCUUCAAAAAUAUCAUAAAUUUUGUUAUCCUGAAAGCUGAAAAAUAUGUAGCCAACUCUGAUAUGUGUCCGCGGUGUCUCGCAUAGAAGUGUAAAAUCCCGAAGAUGUCACAUAUUUAAUUUCUUUCGAUUUUUAUACUCUAUGUUUUUAGUACGACUGAGUUUACUGCUUAUCUUCGACGCAUCUCCGACGAUCACGAUAACAAUUAACUAUGACUUAUAGAAAAAGAAACUAAAAUAUCAAGCUAUACGAGAGUAAUUAAAAUUAUUACAUCUGGUACGUUUUUAACAUUAGGUAAUUUACAGUUUUUGAAAUAUAUUUUUCUUGAAUUUAUUAUCACAUAACUAUUAUUUUUUGUAUGAUUUUUUUUUUAUUAUUUCUGAAUAAAUUAAUUAAAAAUUGACUAUUUUAUGACCGUACUGAUCCUUUGCUUUAACGAAUGGCAACUUUAUUAAAAUCUUUGAAACACGUAGAUACGCAGUGAAGUUUUUCUCUCUUACAUCGGCCCUUUCGGGUGACCGAGAAAAUUUAUGGCCUAGUUCCAAAAAAAAAAAAAAAAAAAAAAAAAAAAAGCAAGUUAUCUGAACUUAUCUAAGAAUGUUUGCGCUUUGAUCCGAAAUUUUGAAAACUGAAAGAUAAGCUAUUGUAUAUUGGUAUAAUAUCACAAGUUUACACGCGAUCUCCCAAUCUUCUUCUCAAUACUCGCUAAAUACUGCUGGCUCAAGUGUUUUGCUAAAAUCUAGCUGCAAACUUUUAUGUACAUAUAUAUACGGAGAGCAGAGCACACGGUUAGUGCGAUAAGUGAUACUUGUUUACUUAAUAAUAUAUAAUUUAUUGCUUGUAUAAAAUGUAAAUUGCACAUAGGCAUUAUAAAAUUGAUUGAUAAAUAUAAGUGUGUUGUGGCAAUAAAUCAUUUUUGCAAAUUUA